AUACGUAACGUAGGUGUAGAGUCAAAUUGAAUUUCACUGUCAUGAAAGAAGAGCAGGUGGCCGAGUAGAUGUAGAGGCCCAAACACCGACCAAGCAAACCCCAAAAGCAACGAUUCCCCAAAUGCCUUAAAAUAACACCACUAACCGAUCCUUUCGAGGAAUUUCUCUCUCUUUCUCUCUCUUUGUUUCAAACCCCUUUUCUCUUUUCUCUCUCUCUCCAAUUCCCAUUCCUUUUCUUCUUCACGUCAAAUUUCAGAAAGCUUAUUCGUUAUUUGUGGAUCCAUUUUGUGACCAAGCCACAUCAAUGGGAUGGGGGAACAUAUACAAAAGGCGGAUGAAAGUUUUCAAAUUAGCUUUUGUUAUCUAUCUGGAUUACAAGGCUUUACAGCAGAGAGAGAAAUGGACUAGCAAAUUUAAGAGAGCUACUCUAUGGGAGAAAGCUCAUGAGCGUAAUGCUAAGCGUGUUCUUAGUUUGAUGAUAGAGUUGGAAGGUUUGUGGGUGAAACUUGGCCAGUACUUGUCUACACGUGCAGAUGUGCUUCCGGAGGCCUAUAUAUACCUUCUGAAGCAGUUGCAGGACUCUCUUCCUUCCCGCCCCUUAGAAGAGGUUUGUGGAACCAUAGAGAAAGAGUUUGGACGCUCUAUGGAUGAUCUCUUCUUAGACUUUGUUGAAGUCCCUCUGGCCACAGCAUCAAUAGCACAAGUUCAUCGUGCAACUCUGCGUGAUGAGCAAGAGGUGGUUGUUAAAGUUCAACAUGAAGGCAUCAAGACAAUAAUAUUAGAGGACUUAAAGAAUGCAAAAUCAAUAGUUGACUGGAUAGCAUGGGCGGAACCACAGUAUGACUUCAGCCCUAUGAUAGAUGAGUGGUGUAAAGAAGCACCGAAGGAACUGGACUUCAACCACGAAGCUGAAAACACCAGAACAGUCUCUAAAAAUCUAUGCUGCAAAAGCAAAAGCAAUGAUAAGAGUCCUGCUUAUUUUGUGGACGUAUGGAUCCCAGACGUUAUUCAGUCAACUGAAAAAGUCCUGAUUUUGGAGUAUAUGGAUGGGAUUCGUUUAAAUGAUUCUGAAUCACUGGAGGCUUUAGGUGUUGACAAACAAAAGCUUGUUGAAGAGAUCACACGCGCAUAUGCCCACCAAAUUUAUGUUGAUGGAUUUUUCAAUGGUGACCCUCAUCCUGGAAAUUUUCUUGUGAGCAAGGAACCUCCAUAUCGUCCAAUUUUGCUUGAUUUUGGGCUUACAAAGUUACUAUCAAUCCCUAUGAAACAAGCUCUAGCAAAAAUGUUUCUGGCAUCUGCUGAGGGAGACCAUGUGGCACUUUUGUCUGCCUUUGCAGAAAUGGGGCUUAGGUUCCGCCUGGACAUGCCAGAGCAGGUUAUGGAUGUUACUAGUGUGUUCUUCCGUAAUUCAACGCCUGCAAGUGAAGCUCUUGAAAAUGUGAAAUCUUUGGCUGAACAAAGAAAUAAAAACUUGAAAGUCUUACAGGAAAAGAUGAAGUUAAACACUAAAGAAGCUAAACGUUUCAAUCCUGUUGAUGCUUUUCCAGGGGACAUUGUGAUAUUUUCACGGGUCCUUAAUCUGCUUAGAGGGCUUUCAUCGGCAAUGAAUGUACGCAUAGUUUACCUAGAUAUCAUGAGACCCUUUGCUGAGUCUGUUUUACAAGGCAACAUAAGUAAGGGACCGGCAUUGAAUGCACAAUGGAUUUAUGACACACCUGUACAUUCUGGUGUGGAGGCCAAGCUGAGGCAGCUCCUAGUUGAGUUGGGAAAUGGUGAUAAAAUACUUGGAAUCCAGGUAUGUGCCUACAAAGAUGGAGAAGUGAUCAUUGAUACUGCUGCUGGAGUUCUUGGAAGAUAUGAUCCUCGUCCAGUUCAGCCUGAUAGUUUAUUUCCUGUUUUUUCUGUAACAAAGGGUAUUACAGCGGGAAUGUUACAUUGGCUGGUUGAUAAUGGCAGGAAACUGAAGCUUGAAGAAAAUGUCGCAAAUGUUUGGCCACAAUUCAGAUCAAAUGGAAAAGAUCUAAUAAAGGUUCAUCAUGUGCUUAACCAUACAUCUGGUCUGCAUAAUGCAUUGGCCAACCUUACACGGGAAAACCCUUUUCUAAUGCUUGAUUGGGAUGAGUGUUUGAGUCGAAUUGCAAUGUCAGUCCCUGAGACUGAACCUGGCCAUGAGCAGUUGUAUCAUUAUCUGUCUUUUGGCUGGCUAUGCGGUGGAGUUAUUGAGCAUGCAUCUGGGAAGAAGUUUCAGGAAAUUCUUGAAGAAGCCUUCAUUCACCCUCUGAACAUUGAAGGGGAGCUGUAUAUUGGAAUUCCUCCAGGUGUUGAAUCUCGACUGGCAACACUCAUGUCGGACACAGAAGAUCUCAAGAAGCUCUCAAACAUGAGCGACCGUCCAGACCUGCCCUCCACCUUCCAGCUGCAGGACAUUUCACAGCUUGCAACCACUCUUCCAGCUAUGUUCAACUCUCUAAAUGUUCGCCGUGCUAUUAUACCUGCUGCUAAUGGACAUUGCUCAGCCCGUGCACUAGCACGCUACUAUGCAACCCUAGUAGAUGGUGGUAUUGUCCCACCACCGCAUUCCUCUUCUUCCAAGCCGCCACUUGGAAGCCACCCACAUCAACCUAAAUUCUCUUCCGUGAAAGCCAACAAGAAGCUGAAAUGGGGCAACAGUAAGGAGUUGAUAACAGCCGACCUAGCUGGACCGAUGCAAAACCCCAGUAAUUUGAAUGACAGUGGUCAUAGUAGAAGGGCUGGCAGUGACUACAUUAGACUUGAUGUUAAUGAUAAUCCAACUACAAUAGAAACCGCUGCAGAGGCUGGUGGUCGUCCACGAGCCAAUAAGAUUUUUACUAAUCCCAGAAUUCAUGAUGCGUUCUUGGGUGCUGGAGAAUAUGAGAAUUUGAUUCUCCCAAAUGGGAAAUUUGGACUAGGGUUUAAGAAGUGUUAUGCCAAAGACGGGUCCCUUGUUGGCUUUGGGCACUCGGGCAUGGGUGGAUCAACGGGCUAUUGUGAUAUAAAAAACAGGUUUGCUAUCGCUGUAACCCUGAACAAAAUGUCAUUUGGUGGUGUUACUAGUAACAUAGUUCAGUUUGUUUGCUCAGAGCUAGGUAUUCCUGUGCUGGAAGAGUAUUCUAGAUUCAGUGAGGGUGGACCUGAUAUGCAGUUAAAUUUAGAGAAACCACUGAUUAACUGAAGAGUGAGAAACCAUAUUCCUCUAAUAUGUCAAUCUUCUAUUUUUGAGUAUACACAUUGAUAUUUUAUGAAACAUGACUUUACUCCUGAGGGAAUGUAUGGUCAUAAGAUAUGGAUGAACAAUAAAUUGGUAAAAGUGCACCUGCAAUUUUGUUAUGCAUUUGGUGUCCUCUUUGGUCUCUAUGUAGUC